UUAUUGGUUGGAGACUACUGUUGUAAGAUGGCGCCCAGCGAGAUAUGAGUGGUAAAGAAGAAGAAAAAAUAUAGACAGCUAUCAAACUGAAAGUAAGAUAAACAGAGGAAGAAUAAACAAUAGAAACGCAUUAGUAACGCUUGGCUUCUCUGCUCGUUUGAAGAGGAGUAGUCGUGGGCACCUCGAGCAUCGGCCCAGUUGAAGAAGACAGACUCUCCAACAGAAAACACUGUCAGCAGCAAUGAAUAACUCUCUGGAUGGCACGGGCUCUUAUGAGGAGCUAGUGAGGCAAAAAGCUCGUAGCAUUCCUCAGCAUCGCAUGAAGGAGUUUCUGGAGUCCUUGGCCAGCAAGGGUGCAGAUGCUCUGCAGGAGUUCACUCACCAAAGUGCAGAUGCAACUACCACCACCACAACUAUGGUCUACCAACAAGAGACUAACUGCAUCUACACAGAUAGCACAGAGGUGGCGGGGUCACUGCUUGAACUGGCAUGUCCGGUAAUUAUGUGGCAGCCACAGCAACAGCAGAUACAGGAGUCUACAUCUCAACAAUCUGUACAGCAGAAUUCAGAACAACAGAUAGUCCAGGUGCAGAUCCAAGGUCAGCAGCAAGGUCAGAUGUUGGGACAAGUCCUCCAAGUGCCAUCUAGCUCCCAUCAACAGCUACAAGGUGUUACAACUGCACAGCUGAUUCAGCCUGGAGAUCUUACAGAGGAACAGCAUCAACAGCUACAAGCUCAAUUGGUUGCAGCUGUGGCAGGAGGGCAACAAAUCCAAAUCCAGACAGUGGGGGCGCUCUCACCCACACAGCAGCAUGACAGUGCUGAGCGGAGGGUACUGGGAGCCACUGUUGCCACAUCCCAAGGAGCAGGUGUCCUCCAGCCAGCCAAGAAGCGAAAGGUGGACAUGCCCAUCACAGUGUCUUAUGCCCUCCCUGGUCAGCAGGUGGCCACAGUCUUAGCUAUCCCUCAGGGACAGGGACAGCAACAGAGUUAUGUGUCUUUGCGGCCAGACCUCCUGACUGUGGACAGUUCCCAUCUUUAUAGCGCUACAGGCACUAUCACUAGUCCCACAGGGGAGACUUGGACCAUCCCAGUCUACUCUGCUCCUGCUGGGUCUGGAGGCCGGGAGCAAGUCACACAUAUUGCCAUCCCCCAGGAGGCUUAUGGGACGGUGCAGGUCGCAGGUGCAAACAGCACAAUGCAAACGCAGAUUACAGUUGAAAAUGACAAGCUGAAGAACUCUGCCAGUCAAAGUCAGACAGCACAGGCCGUCUCAAGCAUAACAAGCUCUGGAGGGAUGGGGGCACAAGAAGAAGUUGUGCACACAUUGGCUGCAAACACACUGUUUCCUGCCCAGCUUAUGAAUGGAAACAUCCAUAUCCCAGUAGCAGUACAGGGCUACCCCAAUGCCACACAGUCUCUUAUCUGGGACCCUCAGCAGCAGGUGCUGCACACACAAGGACUGUCAGGACAGGAUGCACAGCAGCUGCAGGGCCAGACGGUGACUGUAGCAGAGGUAGAUACCCAAGGACAGCAGCAAGUACAGGUGCAAGAGUUACUGCUGCCUGCUACUCUGAAACCAGAAGAGGGACUAGAUGUGUGGCAGCUCUGGGCUCAGCGGAAGAAUGAAGAAUUGAACAAAGCAGAAAAAAAUAAAUUGGCUCCAAUUGGCCGCCGUCAGGCUCUGCGCUUCCAGGAGGAUUUGGUGUCAUGUGCAGUAGCUGAGCUAUGCAUGGGUCUCUCUUUGAUGACGACGGAGGCUCGGGGGUUGGAAGGAGAGUCGUAUGAUGCUGAUGUUCUCUACUAUGUGUUUUUGUGCAUCCAAAAAUAUAUGUUUGAUAAUAGUCGUGUGGAUGACAUCUUCUCAGAUCAGUAUUACACUCGCUUUGCUCAAAGUCUGCACCAGAUCCUGGAGUCUUGGACACCAAGUGUUCAUCCACUAGGUUAUAUAAUUCCAAGCCAUGUGACAGAAGAGAUGUUGUGGGAAUGUAAACAGCUGGGGGCUCAUUCUCCCUCAACACUGCUCACAACACUAAUGUUUUUUAACACAAAGUAUUUCCAUCUGAAGACAGUGGAUCAGCAUCUUAAAGUGGCCUUUUCCAAAGUGCUUAGACACACGCGGAAGAGUCCCAACAACCCCAAAGACAAGAGCACCAGCAUCAGAUACCUGAAGUCAACAGAGAGGUUUAUAGGACAGAAAGUGACAGAUGACAUGUAUGCAGAGCAGCUAGAAGACCCAGAAAACCCACUGCGAUGUCCUAUCAAGCUGUAUGAUUUCUACCUCUUCAAAUGCCCACAGAGUGCGAAAGGUCGCAAUGACACCUUCUAUCUGACCCCGGAGCCUGUGGUGGCCCCCAACAGCCCCAUUUGGUACUCGACUCAGCCAAUCCCUAAAGAACAGCUGGAGCAAAUGCUCGCCCGAAUCCUUGUUGUGCGUGAAAUCCAGGAAGCCAUUAAUGCAUCAGUGAGUGUGAACUAAGAGGAGAGCAGUAAAUGAUCUGGACUCAUCCUCUUUCUCUUCACCCAGCCUUUGAGUGUUCAUUAUUAGUAGUUUUCUAUUUUUCUCACAUCUUUUUUUGUGGUCUUUAAGGGUGGCAUGUAUAUGUUUAUAUUCUUUGUCUGCAUAUCUUAUAAAUGGACUGUACAGAUACAUACAACAAAUACAGUUAAUCUGUUGUCUUAGUGAGGCAGUCUUUCAUCCUUCCCUCACACAUUUUACGUUUAGCCAAAUGAUGUAGUGUCUGAUCAUUUUAUUUGACCCAAACUCUAAUUUAAAUGUUCUCUUUACUGUUUGGUAUCCUGCCAACAGUCGGGAACAAUUGUUAAUUUUGUUUGUUUUAAUCUGUAAUAUAAUUCAUAUUUUUCUCUGGGGUCGGCUUGUGCUCUGCUGCUUAUCAUAUGCAUCCCUCUUCCUACACUUCAUUGAUGUGUCACAUUCAACAUCUCAGUGGUAUUAUGAUUGCAUCUUGUAGCCAGAGAUGCUAAAACUUCAUUUUCAAGUUAUGUGAAAGCUGCUUCUUUCUUUGUAGUUCACGCUUGUUCAUCUUGAGCCAAAUUGAAAUGCUGACAGUUGGAACUCUGCAGAGAUGACUUUAUUGUUAGUGAAUGCUGCUUUGGUUUUAGCACCCCCUGUUGGAAUAGCUCCGCAGCAAUGGAUCAGGAUUUGACUCUGUUGAUGGACUUUAUUUCAAUACAGUGCCACUACUUGAUCUGCAGCAACUAGCACUUGCCACAUGGUGGGGACCCAGCAGAAGGGAACAAAGGAUGCUGGCCACUCCUGAAUCCUUUUUCUUUCUCUUUCUGUCUGUCUCUCUCGUACAUCACCAAUCCCAGAACUCACCUGGAGAGGGAUCUGUUGUAUCAUAUGUUUAUUAUACCAUAACUGAAAGAUUCUAAGAAGUGAGUUGUCCUUAAUGUUGUAUAAUACUCAUACCGCCUUCAUGUACUGUGAAGGCUUUCAGUUAUCUAAGGAGAAUGACAGUGCCUGUGUUUUUUCCAAACAUGAACAUUUUUGUACAGCCGCUAUGCCAUGUCUUUCUAGUAACUUCAUUAUCAGUUCUGCACAUGCAUCCUUAAUGUACCUACACCUUCAAUGUGUGAUAUAAAAUUACAGACUUUUCUACAAAAAACCCACAACUUAAUAAAAUAAGUGAUUUAACAUC